GAAAUGAAACAGUGGCAAUAUCCUCAUGGUCUAACGCCGCCAAUGAAGAGUGUACGACAGCGGCGUUUUCGAAAAACUAAGAAAAAGAAAUAUAUGGAAGCACCCGAAGUUGAAAGAGAGCUCAAACGACUUCUUCGUGCUGAUUUGGAAGCUGACUCAUUUCGAUGGGAAAUUGUUCCUGCUGACGAGAAACGAAAGGAUUCUACUUCGGUCUCCGAGCAGACUUUAUUUGGUGAAAAAGUCAGCAGUAGUGAUGACGAAGAAGCCAUUCCUCAAGUGGAAAAAGAUGACUGA